AUGCGAGGUGGUAUUUUGGGCGACAAGCAUAUUUAUAAUCUCUUUUACGAUGUUCUGCAACGAUUCUGUUUUUGCUGGAUUGCGAGGCGAAAUGAGGCGCGAAAAAUUGAGGAAGCUAAAGCGCGGAUGCGUUCAGCAAGUCGUUCGUUUCUGACGCACUCAAUUGCCAUCGAACCGUCGAGCAUUAUGUUCAAGCAAGCGUUCGGGAAGAAUUUCUUCCCACUCACCGAAGCUAUCGAAGAGGUCUGCUGA